CCCAUAUCUGAGGACACGGAACACAUUCCACAGCUCGGUGCCAAGGUCACUUAUUGAUAUAAGAUGGCUGGUUCCCAUCGUAUACCUUCCAUUGUGCCAACAUGAGACCCUGUGUACUUUUGACUCUGCUUCUAGCAGUGACCAUCGUCUCUGCUCGGCGACAAACCAGGAAUCUGCUACAGUUUCGAAAAAUAAUAAAGUGCACAAUACCAGAUAGCAAGCCACUGGAUGAUUACAAUGGAUAUGGCUGCUAUUGUGGGUUCGGGGGCUCCGGCACUCCUGUAGAUAGCCUGGAUGCGUGUUGCAAGGUUCACGAUAACUGCUACAGUGACUCCAGAUCAGUUGUUAACUGCAACCCCAUAUUUGAUAACCCUUACACAGAGUUCUACGCGUACAGUUGUGAAAAUAAAGUUGUGACCUGCAAAAAUGAAAACAACCCAUGUGAGAUGCACAUCUGUGAGUGUGACAGAAAAGCCGCCCUCUGCUUUUCCAAAGCAAGCUAUAAUGAGCAAUACAAGAACCUGGACAAGAAAAAGUACUGUCAGUGAUCGGAGGAGGGCACCUAGCAGCCAGAUGU